CACGUUCUACCGAAAAUUCUUCUAUCUGAUAGCAGCAACAAUUCUGCCAAACCAAUCAGGAUCGCGCCCAUGAGCAUAGUACAUAGGAUAUAAAUGCUGGUCGUCAUCCUAUACAGUUCCCCCAUCCUCGGAUAUAUCAUUCGAGACUCCUUCCAGAAUAUUCCAUAUUACCUUGCAAGAAAUGCGUUUCUCCUUCCUCGCCGUUAUUUUUGCUUUGACAGCAUCCAUGUAUGUCAGUGCCGCAUGUGCCCAUCCGGGACAAUAUUGCGUCCGUAGUUCAGAUUGCUGUCAUAACCAUCCUUGUGUUCCUGACAAUCCUACAUGCCUUAGUUUGGGGUUACGCUCUGCGUGUAGUAUAUUCCAAAUAGCCCGAGGCCCCGAGCGGCACGUCGUAACAGUGGGUCGUGUUCUGCUUUCGCUUUGGUAUCAUGUUUGACGGUGCAAUACCUAGUUCGGAGCCAAUAUUAGUACAGUUGUUUGGUACUACUCGAGCAAUAUGAAUGUUUGAAUUUAUCUGAAAACGAUUGACCGUGCAUGACUAGUAAGCUUGGUUUCACGAGGCUGUUGAAACGAGUGAUCAUUGCUGUCGAUGAUCAAUAUUGGGAAGAUGGAACUGACAUUUCCUUAUGAUUUUGAAUUUGAUUCUGCAUGUUCGUGUAACGUUCGCCUCAAAGGUCGGUUCAUGUUGUGCAAUCGAAGGGUGGCUCAUGUCCGGUCCAGGACGCCCCGCCUGCCCCUCCGCCAGACCCAACCACGCAUGAGAAA